AUGUCGACGGUGAUCCCAAGGGCGUUGGCUUCCACUUUCAUUUCUGUGGAAGCCACGGAGUUUUUGUGGCAGACCAUCAGGCCUCACCUUCCAACGAAGAAACACCAGACAUGUCCAUCAGCUGGCAGUUUCACGACCUUGGGAGCAGUGAAGGUUCCUCCAGACAUCGGCAAGCAGCUUGAGCUUGGUCCCAAGUUCAGCUUCGAGCCAGUCCUAAGCCCUCCCGAAUUGGUGACUCUGGCUAAGAAUGUCGCGGAUAAAGCGGUGGAGGUUGACAGGCCAAGAUGUAUCUCAGAGUGCGUGGAUGUUCUUCAACCACAGAGAAAAAGAGGACAGGUUGGUCUUUUUAACACCAUAGUGAAUUUUAUGGUGGGUAAAGAACUGCGUGUAAUGUUAUCAGACAAAGAGGGUCAAUUUGUAGUGCUACCAACAGGCAUGUUUAAUGAAAAAGCUAGCGUGGCUAUACAUAAAAAUUUCAGACAGGUCAAAAUUGACCUGAAGAAAACACGGGAAAAAGCCAAAUAUCUUUGCGACCAUUUAGCCUUAAACCAGCUCUCUGGAAGAGUAGGGAAGGCGGAGAGGACACAUCUUGAGGUAUUUUUUAGCGCGAAAACGCACAAAGACGCCUGCCCUUUUCGAGCCAUAGUGUCUGAAAAAGGAUCUUGGCAGAGGCAGGUGGCGACCUAUCUACAGAAACAGCUAUCCUCAUUAAAAAUCAAGGACCCCUACCGGGUGUCCAACUCAGAAGAUCUCGUGGAGUUUCUCCAGGGCAGCUGCCUAGGGAAGAGAGAAGCAUUCAGUAUAGAUGUAGAAGAUCUAUACUACUCCUUGCCGCACAACAGAAUGCUGGAAUCGGUGAAGAGGUGCAUUGAAGAUAAUGGAGAGGUGGCCUUUAGAAGUUCAAGUGGUAUAACCCUGGAAAGCUUUAUGGAAAUGUUGCAAUUCUACCUGCAAUCCAUGAUAAUCACGUGGAAGGGGAAUAGCUACAGGCAAAAGUCGGGGGUGUGUAUUGGGUCAUGUGUUGCCCCCGUUUUAAGUGACAUCUACCUGGGUGAAGUGGACUGUGCUAUCGCGAGUGAGUUAGGCGACACUUUUGUUAGUAAGGUGUUCCGCUACGUAGACGACUUUCUAGUGAUUCUUAAAAAAGGAGUACUACUGGACACGGUAAGGGAACAAGUGAUGAGUGUCUUUAAAACGUGUGGGGGAGGCCUGAGGUUUACAUUCGAGAUCCCAAACGAAAAUGUGCUUCAGUACCUUGACAUUUCACUGUGCCUAGAAGACGACCAUGUAUGCUGGACUUAUAAGCCAAGGUCGAAGAAGGCCAUUCUUGACUACAACUCGGCCCAUUCAAAAAUCAUAAAAAGGGGCAUUGCUCUGUCUAGUCUACAAUCGGCACUGAACAAAUCUUGCCUCCACACUAUAGGAGAGAGCUUCAAAUCGCAAACAGCGAGACUGCAAAAAGCCGGCUAUCCAUCCGCCCUACUGUCAGAUAUUGCGAGCACCAUAAUUAGGAAAGUAAAGGGGAUCCAGAAUACAAAACGUAGUGUGGAAAGAAAGAGACCAGUUGUCAUCCCGUAUGUGCACAAGAUUUCCCAUAACCUAAAAAAUGUUGGAAACCGCUAUGGAGUUCCUGUGGUCUUUUCAGCUCCCCAAAAGAUGAGUCAGAUUUGCCUAAGAGUCAACGCCAAGGCAGAGGGAAGUCUAAAAAACAGAUGUUCAAAAAAGCACGCCAAGCCGUUUGUGCCUUGUGCCACGGGUGUUGUUUACAACAUACCACUAUCCUGCGGCCGCUCCUACAUUGGACAAACAGGACGCUGCCUAAACGACAGGCUCCGUGAGCACGACUACUCCCUCAGAGCCACGGUGGGUGGGAAUUUUUCACUUCACUGUAAAGAAUGUCUAUGUGAACCGUCUUUUGAUGCCACCACAGUUAUGGGAAGACACCGGGACAAAACAACCCGAGAGGUUCUGGAGGCUUUUUACAUCCACAGUGGAGGAGCAAGUUGCAUCAGCACACCAUCUGUCUCGUUGUCCAACAAAGAGUUG